UUGGUAUAAGAGUUAAAGCUGAGUUACGUUUUGCUUUGCUUGGAAUUUAUUUGGUUCUCACUCUCCUUCUUCCCUUUGCUGUUAGCUGUGGUUGAAGCCAAUCAUGUUGAAAGUAAAAACUCCCAAGACAGGAAAGGCUAGGCGAGAGCUUAAGAAACGCGCGCCUAAGCUUGAAGAGAACGGGAAGAAGACGCUGAUUCUUCACGGCACAAAGACGAGCAACGUGUUGAACUCUGUAUUGACGCAAAUUUACCACCUAAAGAAGGAUUCUGCGGUGAAAUACAGCCGGAAGAAUGCAGAUAUUAGGCCUUUUGAAAGCGGUGGCGAAACUUCCUUGGAGUUUUUCUCUCUCAAAACAGACUGCAGCAUAUUCGUGUUUGGUUCUCACUCAAAGAAAAGGCCUGAUAAUCUUGUAAUUGGGAGAACUUAUGAUCAUCAUAUAUAUGAUCUUGUAGAAGUUGGAGUUGAAAAUUUUAAGCCAAUGGAAACAUUUACGUAUGAUAAAAAACUAGCUCCACAGGCAGGGUCAAAGCCUUUCAUUGCUUUUAUUGGAGAAGGAUUUGAGAACGUAGAAGAGCUUAAGCAUUUGAAAGAAGUUCUGCUUGAUCUGUUGCGAGGAGAGGUCGUGGAAAAUUUAAAUCUUUCAGGAAUAGAUCGUACAUAUGUAUGUACAGCUGUAUCAUCAAAUAGAGUGUUCUUUACUCACUGUGCACUGCGGCUGAAAAAAUCUGGCACAAUAGUACCAAGGAUGGAGCUGGUAGAAGUUGGCCCCUCCAUGGAUUUUGUUGUUCGUCGACAUCGUCCUCCUAAUGAAAGCCUAAGAAAAGAAGCUAUGAAAAUUGUCAGGGAUCAGCCUAAGAAGGUGAAAAAUGUUAGCCAGGAUCCUGUAACGGGAAAGAUAGCGAAAGUAUACAUGCCAGAUCAAAAGGUUCGAGAGAUGAAUUUGCCCAAUAAAGCAAAGGGAGUAAAGCGGGAGCGGCGUGAAGCGAAAAGGAAAAAUGAGGGCAAUGAACAUGCAUCGAAAAGACAGAAGGAAGAUUCAUAGUAAUUGUUUCUGACUUGGCUGUUGGUGCGUAGAUUAUAAUUCUUUAAUCUUGCGACUGUUGGUUUUCUUUUUGGCCAACAUGUUUAGUUGGAUAAGAGCCAAAAUGGUGAGUAGAUAAGAGGCGGCAUGGGAGCUCCUAUCUUACGUGAAUUACUUUGACAAUGAAAUAUCUAAAAUAUUUCCUGUCGAGUAUGGAUCACAAUGAUAUAUUGUAGUUUGUCAAGUAUGUUUUUUAAUUGGAAAUUAUUUUAAUAGAAACUUCCUUUUUGUCUGAAUAUGGGUCAACAGUAUGAGAAACAUUUGAGAUUCACUUUUUUUGGAGUUUUUGUUUGGGCGAAGAGAAACGGUAUAUGAUGUGUGACCGAUGUUCUGAUGCAGUUGCAGUGAUUUAGUGUAAUUUUGAAAGUUAAAUAAAGUAUAAUUAAACAGCUAUUUGGUUC